AGAAACCAGACAGUGUGUCCAUAAGUUUAGUGAAUCACAGCAGUCCAGUGGUGGAAGGAAGAGAGUACCAGCUACAGUGUGAGGUGCAGAACGUCGCACCUGUCCAGUACCUUGUUUUACGAUGGUACAGAGGAAAAACUGAGGUUUACAACCACUCGUUCUCAGAGUUAUCCCCUGCAACACCGGUCCAGGUGUCCUCCACCUUGCUGAUUGUCCCAAACAGAGCUGAUGAUGGAGCUCAAUACAGGUGUGAAGCACAGCUGGAACUGGGAGCUGAAGGACCUCAACCUCCUCCAACAGUUCAGUCUGAAGUUCUCAACAUUGCUGUUCAAUACCCGCCGGUCUUCCGCAGUCCAGAGGAAGAGAUACUGGACAUCAGUGAGGAUAGUGAAACGGUGCUGGAUUGUACUGCGGAGGGUAACCCACCUCCUGUGUAUGUCUGGACCUCCUCAAACCUUCAGGAGAAGGCUGAUCAGCCAGUUUUGAGACCUGCAACUUUGAGCCCAGGAGUAUAUACAUGCACUGCGUCCAAU